UGUCGUGGCGUUUGGGCUGGUUGGUGACUGAGGAAGGCCCGGAAGCCGGAGCUCGGCCGCUGACGCGCAGAGCCGCUUUCUCAGCGGGUGGGGAGCCGGUCCCCUGCCCAUCCCGCCGCGGGGAUGAGGCGCGCUGGGCUGGGUGAAGGAGCAGCUACUGGUAACUAUGGCUAUACCAAUAGUGGGUAUAGUGUACACGAAGAAGAAAAUGAAAGGUUAACUGAAAGUCUGCGUACAAAAGUCUCUGCCAUAAAAUCACUUUCCAUUGAAAUUGGAACAGAAGUUAAAAAUCAAAAUAAAAUGUUAUCCGACAUGGACUCUGACUUUGAUUCUACGGGUGGAUUUCUAGAUGCGACUAUAGGCAGACUGAAAACACUCUCUAGAGGCAGCCAGACAAAACUAUUGUGCUACAUGAUGCUCUUUGCACUCUUUGUCUUUUUUGUAAUUUACUGGAUUAUUAAACUGAGAUGAUGCAAAUUA